AAGAGAGGAAGGCUUAAAGAGCCAGACUGCGCAGCCAGGACUGGGGUGAUGGGCGCUGUCCUGCCAGGCCGGAAAAUGAAGAUGUAGCCCCGCCCCCAACCUAGGGAGUACUACCGGCCCCGUUCCUGUCCUUCCCCGCAACCUCGACCCCAUCCCACCCCAGGAACCUCCGCGAAGCUGAGCCAAGACCACUUCUGAACCAGGGAUGACCAGUGAACCUAGGGUCAGAGCCAUCAGUUGGAAAGGCUGAGAGGAGCCUAGAAAAAGAGGGCGACCUUCCUUGGGAUCUGUCUGUGCACUCCCUCCUUGCCUCCCCCCUCCAGCCUCCCACUUGGUAGCACCUUCCUGAUCCCCUUAUCUCUAAGGCGCUCAGGGAAAUGCCCCGCUACGGGAGCCUUCUGGGAAAUGCUGCCCUUGCCGCCCAGGAACCAUGAGCCCUGCAGCCCCGAUCCCGCCUGACUCCGCCCUGGAAAGUCCUUUUGAAGAAAUGGCCCUGGUGAGGGGCGGCUGGCUGUGGAGACAGAGCUCCAUCCUCCGCCGCUGGAAGCGGAACUGGUUUGCCCUGUGGCUGGACGGGACCCUGGGAUACUACCACGAUGAGACAGCUCAGGACGAGGAGGACCGUGUGCUCAUCCACUUCAAUGUCCGUGACAUAAAGAUCGGCCAAGAGUGCCAUGAUGUGCAGCCCCCAGAGGGCCGGAGCCGAGAUGGCCUGCUAACUGUGAACCUACGGGAAGGCGGCCGCCUGCACCUCUGUGCGGAGACCAGGGAUGAUGCCCUAGCAUGGAAGACAGCGCUGCUGGAGGCGAACUCCACCCCGGUGCGUGUCUACAGCCCGUACCAAGACUACUACGAGGUGGUGCCCCCCAACGCACAUGAAGCCACGUAUGUCCGCAGCUACUACGGACCGCCCUACGCAGGCCCCGGCGUGACGCACGUGAUAGUGCGGGAGGAUCCCUGCUACAGCACCGGCGCCCCUCUGGCCAUGGGCAUGCUUGCGGGAGCCGCCACUGGGGCGGCGCUUGGCUCGCUCAUGUGGUCGCCCUGCUGGUUCUGAGCCCUGGGACCUGCAGCACUGGCCCCUGCGCUUGGACUGCUAGACUUUUCUUCCUCCUGGACCCCGCUCUCUACCAUCCAAGCCCUGUCCCACUUUGGCCCUCUCCUCUCCAUUAGCUCCUUCCGGGUUUGGACCAUUCCCCCCACUCCCUACCCUCACUCCCCACAUGGGAAGAAGCUAUCAUCCCAGGUACAAAUGUCGCUUGAAGUCUUCACAUCUACUGCCAGACACCCCCAAAUCUGUUAUAGGCAUUUAUGGAUACAUUUCCUCUAAACAGACCAGGGCACAGCAAAUACGACUUCAUUUGGCUUCGAGUUCCGUAGACACGACAUGAAUCGGGCUCUCUGCUCUCUCGUCAGGGAGCUCGAGGCCUGGUGGGGAGAACAGGAGUAAACAAGAACUUGACAAAGCUGCAGAGUUAUCAGUCCUUUGACAGGGACAGGUGGGGCAGAGAGCAAGGCAGGUAGGCUGGAAGAACAGUUAUUGGCAGGUGUGCAGAGCCGUGAACGUCAUGGCAUGUCCAAGGAAUUAAAUGGGAGUUCAUCUGGCCUGGGGUGGAGGCCAGGAUCAGACCAUGGUGGGCCUUCUAGAUAAGGAGCUUCCUGGGUGAAAGGGGAGAUGUGAACGUUCCCUGGAGGGAAGUUUCAUGAUUGCAUCUAUAAUAUAUUGCCUGUUUUGUGAAUAUUGACAUAUGUCCAUACCCAAAACACCCCUGCCCACAACCAGCUUCCUGGCUGGUACCCAUGAUAAUAAUUGAGCUGAACCUUGGGGCCCCUCGUUGGGGAACAGGUGAGUUCUAUUUGAGACUUCUAGCCCCAGAAAACUGCCUCCGUCCGGAAAUGGCUCUCAUACCAGGAGCUCGGCCCCCUUUUUGUAGCUGUGACUGUCACCCUCUCAGGCUUUGUCUCAUCCUUCAUUCUGAGGGAGAUGGCAGUGUUCUUCUCUGGGGCCUGAUCCACCUUUACACCAGCCCAGGAAGCCCCAUCUGUGCCUGCCCUGAGGUGGUCCAGCAGUCUCCCCCUUUGGUCCCCUUCCAGUCUCUUCCCCCUUUCUAUCCCAAUCACCAAUAGAAAUGCUAACAUCCCUGCCUGGUAGCCAGACUAGCCCACUAAAGCUCCCUGUAAAUGGGGGCUCCAUUAGUUCUGCUGCAGAGACUAAUAAAGAUUUGGUUGGCUUUAGCAGU